AUGGAGGAAAUUCCCCAGGAAAUGAAUGAUCGACAAGAUGAUAAAUGCUCGAAGAAGUCGACCCCAGUGAAGUCGAAAGAUGAUGCGCCAGCUGUAAAUGGAAAGGGAGGUAAAGGGAGCAACAGCAGCUGCAAGAGCGCCGGAGCGACCGCAGCGGCUGGGACCAGUGGAGGUGCCGGUGGUUACCUAUUCAGUUUGAUAGACCGAUUUAAUAGCCUGAAGAAGGUUGAUCAGAAGGUGGAAGAAAAAAAAAGUGGUAACUUGAAGGAACCAAAUGAGUGUAAUGGUACCGACCAGAAGGGGGACGUGAAAAAAGGAACGGACGAGGCAAGUCGCGAUGGUGAUGCAAAGAAGGAGGGAAAAGCGGAUCCCGCCGCAAAGAGUGAGAGAGGCCGUGGUAAGAAGGGCCUAAAGAAAGAGCCCAAGAAAGGGGUGAAAGAAGGAAAAGACGGUAGCGAAGAAAUUGGCAAGACGGGCGAAACUGUCCAACGGGUGGAGAAAAGCUCCGAUAAAAAGAACCCCCAAGAUGAGAUUGAAAAGGGAACAAGUGAACCCGUUUCUUGUAAAAACGGGAAGAAAGCGAAUAGCAAGGGAGAUGUAGGGAACAAGGAAAAGCCAACCAAUGCUUCGGACUCCGCUAAGGAAGGAGAUGGUUAUACGAGCAACAAUAGUGGAAGCAACAGGGGGAAGGGUGCCCCCUCCGAUCGUGGAAGCGGAAACUCCAAUGAGGACCCCUUGAUGAAAAGUCCAUGCGAUGGGGAGCUAGCCAAAGUACAGGAACUAAUUAAGCAAAUAAAAAAAAAUGAAGAGCUGUACAGUGAUGAGUUGAACGGGGAUCUGUUAUUUCUCUACGAAGAGCUGUAUCACACGCUUCUGGACCGUCUAGAGUCGACAAAAUUGAAAAAUAAAGACAUGAAAAAACUCAUAAAAAGGGAGAUAGAGAAGUUUAAGGAGAAUCACAGCAUCGUGUCGGAUUACCUUAAAGGGUGCGAACAGGAGGUGAAAGCAACGCUGGUGAGUUGGGGCGGUGAUGAUGAACAGGCUGGAAAACAGUCUGAUAAGCAGUCCGCUGAACAGUCUGAUAAACAGUCUGAUAAACAGUCUGGUGAACAGUCGCGCCAAGAAUCGGAGAAGAGCCAGGAAGCGACCGCCCAGCAGCUCGACCAAGGAAUGGUAAGUCAAGUGAAGAAAUCCUUUCAUCAAUACGUGGAACAAAAAAUGAGUAACGACAAUUAUGAUCACAGCGCGUUGGAAGAGAAUUUGCUAAAGAACAGAAACAUGAGCUUGCUCUUCCUGCUGUUUUGUAAAAAGCACAUUAUCCGCUUUGUGGAGGAAGUUUUUUCCACCAUGCGCCUAAUUGUUCAGAAGGGUGAGAAGUGCAAGAAUCAAAUGAGCUCCCUCUUGAAGAGACUAAACUCUAUGAAUACCAUUUUACAUUUCCUAAUCACAACGAAUGAGCGUAACGGUGGUGUAGAUAAUGCUGUGAAUACGGCCGGCAAUAGUAGUGGCUUAAUGCACGGAUCGUACAGCGAUAAGGCCUUCCAGAGGGACACGAAGCUGUGUAUAAACGGAGUAAACACCAAAAUGGGAAUGGCUUUAGUGGAGAACAAAGACUACGUCGAUGUCAAGCGGGAGACGGAGGAAUUGGGUGAGAAAGACGAUAAGCAUAAGCACCUGCAUGAACGACUACAGUCGAAUCAUCUGCACCAAGAAUUGCCCAACAAAACGAAUUUCAGAUCAUUAAGCAAUGGGAGCAACAAAACCAGUAAAAUCAAUAAACUCAGCUUAAACAAGAAGACAUUCAACUACUUCCGGAAGGACAUGAACGAAACGCAGGUUAGUCUGUCGACUUGCUUAACGGAUACAUCCGUUUUGGAUAAAAAGGUGCGUGAUAAAAAUGUGAAAAAGAAGGUUAUUGGUAACGAAAAUGAUAGCAGCGAUGUAGUGGCGCAGAGUGAUAAGGAAGGCGCCCCCUCGAAGAAGGCACCUUAUGAAAACGCAGGCAGUGGCAGUGCAAAUGGAAGUGGUAACGGAAGCCGAAGUGGAAAAAACACGCAGGGGAACAGUUCGUCGAAUGACUACUUCAGCGAUAUGAUGGUAUACAUUUCGUGGGUUCCGAAAAGCGCCCGAUGCCAGUACCCAUUGGAGUUGCCAAAAAACUCAGCCGAGAGGAAUAAGCUAGCCGAAUAUAUAGAAGCAAAGGAGCAAAUGCUCUACAUUCUUAAGCUAAUGGGAUAUGAAGAGAUAGAUAAUAUAUAUUUUCACCCCCCUAAAGGAUCUCAUAUUAAAAUAAAGUUUAGAACGCUAGCUUGCAUGAACAAAUUUUUAAGGGCUUACAAAAACACCCCUGAUAAGUGGAAGGAGGACAUGUUUAAUUUUUUCAACAUCCCCCUGAGAAGCAGCAUUUCCGUGAGGGACCUUCGAAUUGAGAGAGCUGUUCCUAGAUCCUCUGCGUCGGAGUUUAAAAAGAUCAAAAAGAUUAGCAAAAAUUAUCAAGACUUGUUUCUAUUUAAGGACAAUUAUAAUCUGUGUGAGGAUGGAAAUAGCACCACUUCCAAGAUGGAAAAAGUCAACCUGCACUACGAUGCGUUUAACAAGCAUAUCAUGGUACACAAUAACAGUGGGGGGACUACAGCUGCUACUUCUGCGGCCGCUUCUGUGGCGGGUGUUCCCACUGCAGCAGGUGCUAUAGGGAUGGUAGUAACGGACCCGCAGCAGCACUACAAUGAAAGUACUCAUUUUAGCUUGAAAAAGAACGCUGAUCAGGGAAAGAGUUUUUCCAAGAUGAAGGGCAUUAUGGGACCCAUGGGUGGUGAGUUCAACUCAGGGGUUAUGCAUGGCGUGGGUGGAAAUCCAUCCCACGUGGACGACCUUCACAACGGGAAUAUGUCCCUAGGCGUGAACGCCACGAGUACCGCUUCUUAUGGAGGCCUGAGCAGUUUUGGUGGCUAUGGAGGUGGCAUUUCUACAGGCACGACGAGCAUCAUGGGGGGUAUCGGCACCAGUAGUAGCUACCUGAACGGCGCGGGAAAUGGCAUGAUGAACAGCGGCGUUCAUGCACCUUACCCCUUCUCGGGGCACCACAACACCAGUAGCAGCACCACCACAGCCACCGCACUGAUGAUGCCCAAUGGAAUGCUUAACAGGGUUAGCGGAGCUAGCGGAAACGUGCAGCACGGAGUUUAUAUGGGGGGGAAGAAUGGCGGUAAUAAUGUGAGAGAUGAUGGAAGAACCUUCCUAGGAGGCACCCACAUGGGAAGUGGAUUCUCAAGUGGGAAUGGCGGCAUGGGGAGCAGCGUGAGUGGGCACUAUGGCAGUCCCAUGGGAAGUCACUUAGCAAACCACUCAGGAAACCACAUAGGAAACCACUUAGGAACACCCCUCAACAGCGAUACCUUCAACCACUACUCCAGCGGAUGGAUGCACAGCGGCGGCCUCAGUAACAAAGGAGGGAGCGGAAAACCGAGUUACCCCAUUAACCAUAACAACACCAUGUGCACGUCCACGAGCGCUUCGAAAAUUUUGUAUCCUACGAAGAGCGGCAGGAACGUGAACAACAAAGGUAGUUGCGUGGGAAUGGGUGGCACCUCUGGGGGAGAAGUAGUCGGAGGGUCUUUUCUGUCCAGCUCCAAGUUCCUCGGCAACAGCAAUAGCAACAGCCAUAACGGCAUGCAUGCCAUGAACAAGGAUUUUCUCACCAAUGGAAGUUACACCCUAAAGAAGCAGACGCACUACGCAUCCUUCUCGAAUAACUCCAACGGAAACAUGAAUUCACUGAAUGACCAUUUUUACGCCUUCAAUGGUAGCGGUGGAAGUACGGCCAACGUGAAUGGAUUAAACGACCUUAACGGUGCACACGGAGUGAACGGAGGCACCAUUGGUAGCAACGGUAUAGGAAGUCACAAUUACGGAAGCAGCAGCAUCAUGGUGAAUACAGUUCACAACACACAGCAUAGCAACAACAACAGUAAUAAUAAUUCGACUAGGGGGACACAAAACGGGACCACCAAUUUGAACCCCUUCUCGACCAGCAGUGCACAUCUGGACACAGCCACAUUCACCAAGGAGAAAAAUUAUUUGCGUGGAUUUAAAAAUUCCUACAUGGGCAUGGGAAGUUUUGGUGGAGGAAGCGCGUAUUCAGAGAACAACCUAAACAAUAGCUGCAGCAACAGUUGUAGCAACAGCAUUAUGAACAACAGCAACGGGCUGAUGGGUUUCUCUCACGGAAGGGUAGGGGGCGAAGAGUCUCUGAAGUCGAACAAUGUAAGUGGUAACGACAGCAGCAGCGCCAACUGCCAUAGUAAUAAGUACGAAUCCGAUUUGGCUAGCCAAAAGUAUGGCAACCAAAACGAUGAUAUGAAGGAGGACUUUAAAAAUCUGAUCAACAUAGACUUCAUUAACGACAUCGACAUGGAGUUCGACGAGAAGAACAACGACCAAAUAUCUGUGAACAAUGGUAGUGACCACAACAGUGGGAAUGUGUACGAAGAAUUCCACCAACUGAAUAAUAGACACACGAAUAAUGAGAAGCGGUUAAACGAGUUAAGCAGUUGCAUGAGCGAAGAGUUCCUAAGCGGGGGCGCCAAGGCUCGUGACUUUGAAAAGUUCGACAAAUUUGCAAGCUUCGAAAAAUUCGACAGCUUUGACAAGUUUGAAAGCUACAACAAGUAUGAUAAGUAUGAUAAGUAUGAUAACUACGAUAAGUAUGAUAGUUAUGAUAAGUAUGAUAAGUUCGAUACGUACGAUAAGCUGCCCUUUAAGAACGUGAACCAUGAGCCCAGCUACCGCAUGAACGGAGAGGAAGAUGAGCAGGCAGAAGCGGCAGACGCAGAAGAUGCAGAGGUAAAAAACUUCAACGACGAAAUAAAUUUACGUGAAAAGGAAUUUGCGAACUCGAAUUCCAGUCUUAGUAAGAAUAAUCAAGUUGGAAAUGCCUUCGGAGUGGAUGUUGAUGAUGACACGGGGAUGAUCCUGUCUGAGGGAUUUAACAACUACUUCUGUGAAGAGAACCCCAAAAGUUUGUACAACUAUUAUGGUAGUUCUAGCGGAGGUGGAAUGCUGACUCAUACCACUUCUACGGCCACCACUGGUAAUAAGAGUAGCUUGCAUUUAAAUUUGAGCACAAGUGGAAAUAGCGGGCAUAAUAGCAGCUCAGCUAUUUUGGGAGAAGCCACUUUGAGUAAUAAUUGCAGUGGGGGUAUGGAAACAUCAGAGAAUGGCAUAGGCACUUCUGCGGCGAACGGGUUGGCUAACUCAUCUGGAAACUCCACGACCAACUCAGUUGGCAACAACGGCAUGAUCAACACGACCUCUUCCCUUUACCGGAACACCAUGACCCCUAAAUUGUAUAUGGAUGCUAACCCAAUGAACAGCACCUUUGGAAAGUAUGAUGAGGGUAACUUUUGCGAGGUAAACAAGGAAGACAAACUGAGAGAAACAGGGGAUGGUGCAGCUUCCGCAGUGGCUGACUACGAUUUAAAAAUGAGCGAAGAGGAUGCAAAUAAAGGUUUUUUAAAUUACCCUUUCCAGUCCUCACGUGUCGACAACGAGCAAAGUUUUUCGGACAAUUACGUUAACUUCUUCUGA